UUCCUCAGAAUGAAGAGCCAAAUGAUACUAUACCAAAGUUUGUCGACGUAUCUAAAGAUACAAUCCCUCAACAGCCAUCUGACGAGAUGAUUGUACUGGCAGACGUAGACACAGACGAAAUGAAGUACCGAUCUCCAAUGGACGAUUUCCUGAUGUCGAACAGCAAAGUCUCCAGUAAACGGAAGAAGACGAGACCUGUCAUUUUGUCUGCUUCAUCUGACGUCACAAUUAAAGAAGGCCAGUGUCUGGUACUGGAAUGGGAAAUCACAGGAAACCCCGAACCAAAGGUGGAAUUGUACAAGGAUGGUGCCUUGCCCCGAUUCUGUAAUGGAGAUGGUCUAUUCCACGACUCAGACUUUGUGACAUUAGAGGUUCUCCACAGUUCACCUAGUGAUACUGGCUGCUAUGAGCUUCACCUAACCAACGAAUUAGGAACUGACGUCAGUUUAAUCAACGUCAUCGUGAAGGAGAACUCACGUGAGGGAUCUUUGGUCUUGGAGAAGCCUUUUGAGAGGGCAAAUUCUCCACCAACUUUCACAGUAAUGCCAGGUGACGUCAAAAUUAACGAUGGGCAAACCAUUGUUCUAAAAGCCAGUGUUGAUGGUUAUCCCAAGCCUUCGAUUCAGUGGCUAAAAGAUGACGAAGAUCUUCAGGAAAGUGCCCAUUGUGACGUCAUAGAGGAAGCCACAUAUAGUUGUCUUGUAAUCCCUAAUCCUACACAAGAGCAUGUCGGACAUUAUGUCUGCAGGGCGGUAAAUACGGAGGGAGUGUGCGAGGCUUUCUUUGCAGUCGCCAUGGAACUGGGUGAUGAAAUGAAUCACAUCGAGCUAUUGGAACAAGGAGAGCCAUCACACGUAAAACCGAUAUUUGAAAAUCUGGCAGAGGGGACAUUAAUGUUCUCCCCCAAAGUCAGACUGGAGAUUACCGAAUCGGAGGAUUCUUUCUGCAAAAAGUUUGAAGUAUAUUCCAAGGCCAUAGACGCUUUAAACGACGUCAUACUGGAAAGAGGUGACUUAGUGGAUGUUUUGGACAGAACCAAGGGCUCUCAUUGGCUUGUCAGGAAAGAUCACGCAAAAGGCGAGGUGUGCUAUGUUAGCCCAGAGAAUUUAAAACCAUGUUCAGAAGUAAAGAGAGCAGAUAGUAAAGAAUUAGACAGCAAUGUCUGCAUUGAAAAAGUGGAAGAAAAGAAAAGGAAGCUGGUACAGGACUUGCUGGACAGUGAGACAGACUAUGUGUGUGACCUGAGGGACCUGAUAGAAAACUACUUUGAUGUCGCAGAAGAGGAAUUCCCUGACAAAAACAAAGGAAGAGACAUCUUUAGGAAUGUUGAAGCACUUUAUCAGUUCCAUCAUAAAAAAUUGCUGCCAGAAUUAAUUGCUGCUAAAAAUGAACCUGAGAAAGUGGCAGAUGUAUUCCUUAAAAAGAGGGAAAGCUUUUCUGAGUAUCUUCCCUACCUUGCUGGUAAAAAUAAAGCUGGUGAAAGUUUGGAGUCCAAGGAACUGAAAAAAUUCCUACAGUACUAUAGUAAGAGUAUUGGGGAUGACAGUGACACUCUCCAGGAACUACUGGACAGACCGGUGGAAAGAAUCCACGAAUACAUGGAUCUCUUAAAGAACUUGAUCAAAUUUACCAAGGCUGGGGGUGGGGACUGUAGUGAGCUGAUGAAGGCGGUCAGUAUGUUGAGUGACAUCUGUCGGGAGGUGGAGAAUAUAAUGCUGCUAGACAACAUGGAGGGCUGGGAAAACCCAGAGCCAGCUCACUCUGUUAUAUCACAUGAGACAGCUACAGUGUGGAGUGGUGUGGCAGAAGUUGGAGAGGAAUGUCAUAUCUUCCUGUUCCCAGAAAAGAUGGUCAUAGCUCGCAGUGCUGAGGGGAAGGAAACCGCACCAGGGGGUGUGGUCCGUCUCAAAUUUGAUCAAGAGAUCCAGUUGCGGACUGUUGCUCUGUGCCAAGAUGACUCUGGGAGGAAUCUGGUGUUGUGGGAUGUGUCAUUAGAAGACAAGGAAUCUCCUGCGUCAUUUUUGACAUUGGAAACAAGUUCUCCAUUCUCAAAACAAACACUUGUGAGAGACAUACAGGAGGCUCAGGAGAAGCUAGGAGUUAAUGUAGAAAAACCUUCCAAGAUGCCAGAACACCGAAAAAUCGCGACCAAGACCCCCAAAGUCAAAUCUUCAGCUGUGAAAAGAGCAGAGACUGCAGACAAUGUCUCCCUGGCUAGCUCUGACGAUUUCAAGAUCAUAGACACCAGCCAUGAUAUACAGCCAGAGUUUGAAGAUGGAACAACUAGACCAAUCUUCAGGAAAAAGCUCAAGAAAACAGUUAUAUCAGAGAACUCUACGGCCAGACUAGAAUGUGUUGUUGUUGGUAUACCACAACCCAAAGUGUUAUGGCUGAAGAACAAUCGACCACUGAAGAGCACAGACAUGUGCCGUGUUCUGUCUGAGGGGAACGUCCACAUUCUGGAAUUCCCCAAAACCAAGAAAGAGGACACUGGGCUCUACACAGCUAGAGCCAUGAACGUCAAUGGAUCUACUAUCAGCUCAGCUGAGCUACUUGUCGGAAAUGCCCAGCCUUCCAGUCUGAAGAAAUACAAGGAAGGUUUGGCUGAGGAGGAAUUCCAGACUCCAGCCUACUUCUUCCAGAUGAACAGUUGUCAGGUGGAGGAGGGAAGACUGGCUCGUUUCGACUGCCGUGUGGUGGCUCACCCUAAACCAGAAAUCACCUGGAUGAAAGACGGUAAGGUGGUGCAAUCUGGUGAUCGUUACAAACUCCUGAACUAUAACAAUGAGAUUUACUCCCUGCUGGUACAGAAUGUGGAGAUGGGGGACACAGGUCGCUACACCUGCUGGGCUCACAACAAGUAUGGGGAGGCCAUGACAGAGGCUUACCUUAAUGUCAUUGCUCUGGAAGAACAGCUAGAGGAUACAGAUAUUGCUCCCAAGUUUUUGACAAAGUUUUAUGACCAGACAAUUACAGAAGGUUUGCCCACCACUUUCCAGUGUAUGAUAGCAGGAAAACCAAUGCCAGUUGUCAGGUGGUUGUUAAAUGAUCUGGAAAUCAAAUCAUCAGACAAUAUUCAGAUCCAGCAACAGGAGAACAUCUGUAGCCUGUCCAUUAAAAAGUCUCUGUCCAAGGAUGCCGGGACCUACUCCUGUCACCUAAAGAACUCCCUGGGGGAGGCAGUGUGCUCUGCAGGGCUGACACUGCUGGAUCAGAGCAUUAAAGGGGUCCCCAUGCUACCCAAAUUCUUAAAGAGAAUAGAUGAUGUCACUUCAACAGCUGGAGGUCAGGUGGUAUUUGAGGUGGUGGCAGUAGGUGAACCCAAACCUAAAGUCUCCUGGCUAUACAACCACAAACCAAUAUCUGAAACUCACAGAAGAUUUCAGAUGAGUCAGGAAGCGGACACUUACAGACUGACCUUGAAUGACCUUCGUCAGGAGGAUGAAGGCAAGAUCACUUGUAAGGCUGUUAACUCUGAGGGUGAAGUGUAUUGCAGUAGUAAACUGACCGUCAAACGUGCUCCAAUGGAAUUCAAAGAGGAUCAGCCAAGUUUCAGGCAAAAAGACUUUGAUGCCAAAUAUGGCUGUGCCCCCACAUUCAUCAAGAGAAUAGAGGACAUUUACACACCAGAAGGAAAAUCUAAAUCUGCCAAGUUUGAGUGUAAAGUAAUGGGGAUACCAGAACCCAAUGUCACAUGGUAUAAGGAUAAUAAACCCCUGACUCCUGGCUCCCACUACUGGAUAAAUCGAGACGGGGGUAACUGUACUCUGACAAUACGAGAUGUGAUGGAGUCUGAUACUGGACAGUAUACAUGUAAAAUCAAUAAUCCAGCGGGAGAAACUAGCUGUACCGCAUCACUGGAACUACCAAGUACAAAGAUGAAGAAGGACUCAUCUGUGGAUGGAGAAUACUCUCCGUUUGCAAGACGUUUCUCUCGUGACUCCACCAAGUCAGAUCACGAAGCUGUUCCAACUCUGCCAUACGACAAACCGUCACUGACGGACAUCAGAGAAGAGUCGGUCAGGUUGUCAUGGUCACCAGCAUACACAUCCACUCUGCCACCAGAGGGUAGAAAUGUCAAAUAUGUCAUUGAGGCUCGUGAAUUGCCAGGGUUUGACUGGCAUAAGGUGGCCACAGGUAUUCAUGGAAAUACUCACAUGGUAAAAAAUUUACGGCCUAACACAGAGUAUGCUUUCAGAGUUCAUGCUGAGAAUCAGUUUGGAAUCAGUGACUCCACACAGCCUGUUAUGUUGUCAAGACCCAAACCAGUGGAGGAAGAAAUGGCUGAGAAAUUCCAUGUGAAACCACAUGAGUCUAGAGUUCCACCAAAGUUACCAUCCUCUAAGCCUUUUGUGACAGAGAUGGGUCAGGAAACCGUUCGGCUAGCCUGGAAACCUGCAGUGGCUCCAAUGGCUGCCAAGAAGGUGGCUCCCAUUUCAUACCGCCUGGAGGCCCAGGAGUUACCAGCCAAAGACUGGAUCCCUGUGGCCCAUCGAAUCAGGGACACCAGUUACUACCUUCCAGAGCUGAAGUCUGACAGGGACUACAACAUCCGAGUCCGUGCAGAGAAUAAGUAUGGACAGAGUGAAUCUUCUGAACCACUUUGGAUCCCCAGAGCUACUCAUUUCCCUGGUGUGCCAGUCAGCAGACCCACCAUUGUUGACAUGGAGACAGAUUCUGUCCGUGUGGCUUGGCAGAAGGUAGAUAUCCCAUCAUUCUCAGCAACAGACGAACCUCUUAUGUACAUGUUAGAGAUGCAAGAGCCACCAAAACAUGACUGGCGACAGAUUGCCAGGGACAUUCCUGACCUGAGCUACACAGUGAGGGGAUUGACUCCUGGACAGGACUACAGAUUUAGGGUCAGGACUAGGCCCUUGGGUGGAGCUUAUGGUGAACCAUCUCCCUCAACUUCUCUCUACAGAACUCUAGCAACCACCAGAAUCCCCAUAGACCGACUGGAACUUGAGGAUACAGAGCCAGACUUUGAGGGGGUCCGCUUAGCCUGGAACCGAGUGGAGAUACCACCAUACCACAGUGACGAGGAACCACUGCUGUACAUGGUGGAGAUGAAUGAGCCACCACUAGAUGAAUGGAGGCCUGUUGUGUCUGGUCUACCCACAACACGGUACCGCGUAACUGACCUACUGCCAGACAGAGACUACCGCUUCAGAGUAAGGGCCAUAACUCCGUAUGGAGUAACACCACCCUCCUAUGCUCUGCCCGUCUCCUAUAGGAGACCAGUGCCAGCCCCCAGCAGAGCACUGCCAGACAUGCCCAGGCUUCUGUAUGAUGAGUCAGAUGCUCUAAAGCUCACCUGGAAACCACCAGUGGUAGACACUAAACGGCCCCUAAGAUACCAGAUCCAGAUGCAGGCUCCACAGAGCUUGGACUGGCGACCCUUGGCCUCUGGAAUCACAGACACCAGUUACAGGAUCCGGGGUCUGGGACCCAGCAGGGAUUAUACGUUUAGAAUCAUCCCAGAGACUAGCCUUGGACCUCUGCAGCCUCUGCCUCCUGUGUCUCUCACAGCACUUCCAGCUCCCAGAUCUAUUCUACCCAGAAUGCCAGAUAUUGUUGACCUUGAGCCUGACUCUCUGAGAUUGUCCUGGCAACGACCUUACAUUGACCCCACAGUGCCAAUCUCAUACAGAAUUGACAUGCAAGAACCACCUUCUCGUGAAUGGAGACCAAUUGCUACUGGAGUUCCUGACACUCAGUACCAUGUGACAGGCUUAAGACCAAAUAAGGACUAUCUGUUUAGGGUCACACCUAGAACAUCAACUUAUGAUAUGGAACCACUUCCAUAUGUGACUCUUACUUCACUGCCAGUUCGACCAAGACUGUUCUCACAGGAGCCAAGAGCAGUAGAAAGGGGCAAGGACUCUGUUCAGUUGUCCUGGAGACCCGCUGAGUUACCUUAUUUUGCUCGUCACAAAUUACCAAUCCGUUAUGCAAUAGAGAUGAGAACUCUUCCUAGCACAAACUGGGAGCCAGUAGCUAGAAAUGUACAAGACACUACUUACCUGGUAAAGGGUCUACGACCAGAAAAGGAAUACCAGUUCCGCAUCAAAGCACACACAGAUUUCGGAAGCAGUGAACCUUCACUUCCUGCAACAAUCUACAGGAAGCCAGUACCAGUCUUCCCUCGGUAUGAGCCGAUUCUGACCAACCUUAACCCUGACUCUGUGGUCCUCUCCUGGCAGCCAGCCACCCUCCCUGGACACAUCAGUCACAUGCCCAUGGUCACCUAUCGCAUCGAGAUCCAGGACCCCCCAGAACGAGGUCACUGGAGGACCUAUGUGUCCAAUGUCCCCAAGACAAGCUACCAUGUGACCAAUCUACGUCCAGACAGGGAUUACUUGUUCAGAAUAAGGGCAGAGGCUGAUAAUAUCAUGACAGAACCAUGUAUGCCUGUCUAUCUGCCACGAAGAGCUAGUCCACCAAGAAUGCCGCAAGAACAACCAUAUGUGUUUGAGCUGCAGCCAAACUCGCUGAAGUUACAGUGGAGAUCUGUAGAGCUGCCGUCACGCAUCACUGACUACUCACCCGUCACUUAUCGCCUGGAGGUCCAGGAACUGCCACGCUCUGAUUGGAUGACACUGGCCAAAGGAAUACCACAUACCGACUUCCAUGUCACCCACCUGAAUCCAGACAAGGAUUACAGAUUCAGGGUCAGGGCAGAAAAUGACAUGGGCAUCAGUGAUCCCACACCUGAAGUCUGUGUCAGGAAACGUGCUGUGGCUCCCACAAUGCCCCAAGAAGAGCCAUUAAUUUAUGACAUCGGUCCAUCUGGCUCAUUCUGGUUGUCAUGGAGACCAGCUGAUGUUCCUCUGUACCUUGCAGACAGCAGUCCCAUCACAUACACAAUCUACGUCCAGGAACCACCCAGCACCACCUGGAGACCACUUGUAAAGAGGAUACCACACCCAUUCUAUCACGUCACCAACCUGAGAAACGACAAAGACUACAGCUUCAGAGUGCAGGCAGAGAAUGAGUUUGGCCUCAGCAGACCCACCCUGCCAAUCAAAAUGCUGGGAAUUAGAAGUUGGACAUCUCCAAUUGAGGUCCCAGAAAUCACAGACAUUGAUGAUACAAGUCACUCCCUCCGCCUGAAAUGGAGGCCCAAGUCUAUGUCACCAUUUAACAAAGGUCCUAUCACAUACCAGAUAGAGCGUUGGGAGCCUGGCCAGAGAAACUGGACCCGCAUGGCCAGUGGAAUCAGAGACACGACCUACCAGGUUAAAGGAUUACCAUUUGAUCAAGAUCACUUGUUCAGGAUUCGAGCUGAGGCAGAAAAAGUAUUGAGUGAACCAACCUAUCCUAUCUCAUUCAACAGGUUCAGAUUACCCUCUCGUUUCCCAGUUCCUCGUCCUCAACUGUAUGAUGUGGAACCUGAUGCCGUGAGGUUAUCAUGGUUACCACUGCCUAGAGGAAAUGUGGAGGAUCCAAUCAUCUUACCACGACGCUAUCGUCUGGAGCUGCGCGAGCUUCCAUCUCAUGACUGGAGACCAGUCGCUCAUGACAUACCAGACACCAGUUACAGGGUCACAGGGCUCAAACCCAGACAGGACUAUGAGUUCAGAGUCAGAGGGGUAUCUGAGGAGGGUCCAGGAAGCUACACCAAACCUAUCGCUCUCUAUAGGAGGCCAGUGUUACCCAGCACUCCAAUUGGCACACCCAAAUUAGUGGCUGUAAAAGACGACUACGUAGACCUGAGAUGGACAUUGGUUGAUGUGCCAGCUUAUAGUUAUGAUGAAGAACCUCUGGCCUUCCUGAUAGAGGCUCAGGCACCACCAAGAUACGACUGGAAACCAGUGGCCAGAAAUGUAAGAGGAACCUCCUAUCGCAUCUCCAACUUACAGAGACACCAGGAUUAUUUGUUCCGUAUCCGUGCUGAGUAUCCCUCAGGACUUUCCUCACCCUCACCCCACGUCCCAGUCUAUCGCAAACCAAUUCGCCCAGGAAUCCCCAUUGCACGACCUGAAAUCUGGGAAGAGGAACCUCACCAAGCUUGCCUUCGCUGGCGUCGAGUUUAUAUUCCCCCGUACGAUAACUUAGAUGUCCCACUGAACUACCAGAUAGAAGUCCAGGAACCUCCACUCAAGAACUGGCGCACCUUGGUCAAAGGACUGAGUAUGUCCGAACACACAAUCACUGAUCUCGCUCCUAGGAAGGAUUACUUGUUCCGCAUUAGGGCAGAGACCCCAAAUGGUGAUGUGACUGAGCCCACUCCCCCCAUUGCUUACUACAGAUCUAGAUUGCCUAUGACAAGAGAACCCUCCAAAGCGUAUGAAUACAAAGUGUUUGAACAGGACUACAGUGUCCCCUCCCGCUCUUACAUCGACCACCUCACCACCUACAUUCCUCCAAGACUGCCUAUCGAGAAGCCCGAGUUGUACACCAUCAGUCCCGAGAGUGUGACACUGACAUGGAAGCGAGCCCGAGUACCAGACAAAAUCAGGGACACCUGUAAUCUCUCUUACACUGUUGAGGUGAGGAACCCACCUAACCUGGACUGGCGUGAGUUUGUCACUGGACUGACGACUACAAACACUGACCUGAAAGGCCUCCACCCCCGGCUGGAUUAUCUGUUUAGGAUCCGUGCCUGGAAUGAAUAUGGCUGCAGUGAGCCUAGUCUCCCUGUGUCAUUACACAGACCAAUUGAGCUGUCAGAUGACUAUGACUCAGGAGAAGACUGGGAUGAACAGUACAGAGUCACUCUUGGAGAUCUAGACACACCAAUUGAUGAAGCUCCACCAAAAUUACCCAUGGAGACACCCAGAAUCACAGACAGUGGAAAGACUGCUAUGUUGUCAUGGUUACCGGCCAGAAUACCAGCAUAUGCCAAGAAAACACCAAUCACUUACAUCAUAGAAAUCAAGGAGCCCCAUGUUCCUGGAUGGUCUAGAUUGACCAGUGGAAUCAGUGAUACCAGCUACUUUAUUGAAGGUCUGCGACCUACACAGGAUUACCAAUUCAGGGUCAAGGCCGAGACCCAGUAUGGAGUCAGUGAUCCCACGCUCCCAGCAUCCUUGGAUAGACCCAAAGAUAAGAACAAGAGGCCGAGUGUUGAUCUUCUGAGGGAGGAUAUAGACUUACCAAUAAAGAGGGAGCCUCAGUCUUCUGGAGUUCCCCCUCGGAUCCCCUCCUCACGACCUUUGAUCACUCAGCAGCUGCCAGACAGACUCUCUCUGUCAUGGAUGCCAGCCCGAGUUCCUUCUUACGUGAAGAACCAAAGGCUAACAUAUGUUGUUGAGGUCCGCGAGCCCCCAAGCACACUGUGGAGGAGUCUGAAAGAAGAUCUCAGGGACACUGAGUUUGAUGUGACUGACCUUAACCCUGAUCAGGACUACCUGUUCCGAGUGCGAGCCAGGAAUGAGUAUGGUUUGAGCGAGCCCACCAUGCCUGCUUCAGUCAUCAGGAAUAGAGAUGACUAUGUACCACACAUAUCCAGUCGGUCUGGAUCUUUCGAUAGUGGGAGUCCUUGGGUCAGAUCAAGGGCUUCUUCUGUAGAGAGCUUGAGGAAACAAAAGUCAUUUGACUUCACAGAUGAUGAAUCUGACAUCUAUAUCAACAGGGAGAAAAAAGCCUGUCCUCCUGAAUUUAAGUCCACAAAUGAGGACGUACAUUAUGGUGUAGCAGGGACUUUCUGUAAGGUGACCUUGGGGGUCAAGGGUUAUCCCCUGCCCACUACCUCAUGGUUCUUUAUGGGGGCUGAGGUGGAUUAUGGGGACAACUUUAAAGCUCACAUAUCCCCAAGUGGUAAUGCCACCCUUGAAAUCCUCAAAUUGACCAGGGACCUGAUAGGGGAGUACAAGUGUACUGCCGAGAAUGAACAUGGAGCUGCAACAAAGAUCAUCAGACUAGAACUGGCAGACCAACCCACUGUCCUUGACCCACUUUCUGACCUGACCUUGGACAGUCACCAAUCUGGGAAAUUAGUCUGUCGAAUAGAUGGCCUGCCUUAUCCCACAGUCAAAUUCCUCAAAGAUUCUCGCCCCCUGACUAGUUCCUCUCGUCUGAGGGUUGAUUAUGAGCCCCCAGACACCUGGACCUUGACCCUGGACAAGGUCAUCACCACAGACUCGGGGACGUACACUUGUGUAGCGGAAAAUAUGGCAGGAAAGAGCAUCUGCACAGCCAAAGUCACUGUUGAAGAAAAUGAAGAUCACUUAGAUCGAGACCUUAUGGUGAAGCCCCUCCCCUACAGAGAAGCCUUUAUGGAGGAUUACUACCAUGUACUGGAGGAAAUAGGAAGAGGCAGACACGGUAUUGUGCGGCGUGUCCUGGAUAAGUUCACAGGGAGCGAGUAUGCCGCAAAGUUUAUACAUAUAUGUGAUGAACAUCAGCGAAGGUUCUUCAGGACUGAACUGAACAUCCUGAGAUGGUUAAACCAGAGGGGUGUUCCUAAACUGGUGGACGCUUUCGUCACUGAGAGGAGGAUUGUUAUCAUUAUGGAGAUUGUGACUGAUUAUGACAUCAUAGACCGAGUUCUACAAGACCUCACCCCCACAGAAAGUAUGGUGGCCACAUACAUUAAACAAUUACUCCUAGUCAUGAAGGAGCUCCAUAAGGCGGCUGUCCUUCAUCUGGACAUCAAGCCAUCAAACAUUAGAUUCAGCACAAACACAAAUCUGACACUGAUUGACUUUGGAUUUUCGGAGAGACUCGAGCGCAAUGAAGAAGUGAAGAAGAAUUAUGGCACUGCAGGAUUUUGUUCCCCAGAGCAAGUACACAAUGAGGUGGUGACCGAGGCUUCUGAUGUGUGGGCUAUAGGAGCUACAGUCUACACAAUAUUGACUGGAUUGUCUCCCUUCCCUGGCUCAACAGAACAGGAAGUUCUACAGAGUACCAUCCAAUACAGAUGGCAGGAAGUGGACAGUUUGUCCGCAGAAGCCAACGACUUCCUCUCUAAAAUUCUUAUCAGAGAUCCCAAAGAGAGAAUGACUGUAGACGGUUGUUUGUCUCAUCCCUGGAUUAAGAACGCAGAGUCCCAGGGAGGCGUGAUCAGUCGUGACAAGCUGUCUGAAUUCCAGACUCAAUACAAACUUAAGUGUACAACUUCAGCUACUAAGGGCCCAGUCAGACUUCAGUCCCUUCUGUCUGUGCUGGAAGGUAAACAAGAGACUGGUAUUCAUGUUGAUAAGGACUCAGCUACAGGAGAGUUGUCUUUCCCUGAGUCCGGAUUAUAUGGAGAAUUUCUGGACCAGGAGUCCUGGUUUGACUGGCAAUCAAGGUAUUAUUAUGGACUUGAUGCUGAUGAGUCUGACACAGAGCUUGAGUCGGUAUGUGGUGACCCUAUCAUAAAGAAGGAGAGAGAAUGGCUACAGAUGGCUGAAACAGAGAAAAAACAGCUUCAGAGGCCCCAGGACUUCUUCCCCAAGGAAGAGGAGGAGGAGGACAACCCCCAGUUCACCAUCAAGUUACAUGACACAUACUACAAGCCAGGGGAGGUGAUCACUCUGUCGUGUCAUGUCAGCAGUUCCUCUGCCUUCAGUGUGUCCUGGUUUCAGAACGAGGAACUGGUCACAGACGGGAAGAGAAUGAAGACCUCUCUUACAGAGGAUGGAAUAGCCACACUCAGCAUCACCUCAGCUAAGGCUUAUGAUGAUGGCAUUUAUAAAUGUACAGCGAGAAACAAGACUGGGAAAUCAUCAACUUAUGCCAGAGUCAUGGUGGGAGAAACACCUCCUCAGCCUGGUCGACCAGUCAUUUCACAGAUAUCAUCAUGUGAUGUCCUGUUACUAUGGGAACCACCAGAGAAUGAUGGGAACUCUGACAUCAUCAACUACCGAGUGGACUACAGGCAGUCAGGAUCAGACAGGUGGUGUUUGGGAACCUACUCUAUUGAUGAGUGUGCCUUGGUGACUGGACUUCUUCCCAACACAUCUUACCGUUUCAGAGUCUGUUGUACUAACAAUAUAGGGGACAGCCCUUACAGCGUGUCCUCAGUUCUCAUCACUACCAAACCAAAAGGUUCUGCUGACAUCAGCUUGGAUCCAUUCAUGAUCUCCCUAUUGUCAAGACAACAUGAAGGACUGUCAUUUUAUCAGCCUCCAAAGAACAAACUGUCACCAGAGGACAUCGGUACAAGGGAAAUAACUCUACAGACCUCCAACGUAGAGGACCAGUACAGCUUAUCUAAUGUUCUGUGGAGGGGAAAUUACUCCUCAUCUUAUGUGCUUUCCACAGACAAAACAAAGAAGAUCCAUUACAUUGCAAAAAUUACACCGAUUUCUGAUUUAUACAAAGACAGAUUAUCUAGAGAACUGGAGAUUCUGCGUACCAUGAGACAUGAGAGAUUUGUUCAUCUCUAUGAUGCCUAUUUAUAUAAUGACAGAUAUUACUGGAUAAUGGAAUACCUAUCUGGGGUUAAUGUUGUGGAACACUUUUCUUAUAAAUCCAAAUAUACAGAGGAUAUGGUUGCCAUAGUAAUACGACAGGUUUUGGAUGGAUUGUCGUUCCUGCAUUACCAUGGCUAUGCUCACCUGAAUAUUCAGCCUAGCAGUGUGAUGAUGGUCAAUCGACGAAGACUCGACAUCAGAAUUGUCGAUUUUAGCUUGGUUCAGAAGGUCACUAAGGAAGGCCAAGUUGUUCCCAGAGAGGGCAAUCCUGAGUUUAUGGCCCCUGAAGUGGUUGUCAAGGAGACGACCUCAUACCCUGCAGAUAUUUGGUCUGUUGGAGUUUUAACAUUCUUGUUAUUGAGUGGGGAAUCUCCAUACAAAGGUCAAGACGAGGAGACGACCUUUACAAAUAUUGCCUACAACAGAUACAAUGCCCUGAGUUUGUAUGAGAACAUCACAAAAGAAGCUCUCAAAUUUAUCUUCCGGGUCCUCAAGCGGGUCUCCAGAAAUAGGAUGACUGCAAGUGAAUGUCUAGAUGACAAAUGGCUACAGACAUCAGAAACAAUGCUUAAAUUCAGAACAGAGGCAGUGUUCUCAACAGUCAAACUCCGUAACUAUGUCACAGAUUCCUUCCUGGAAUCUCUUAAAGUCAGUGAAGCAGAACUGACAAGGCUAAGGGAGAAGUUCCUCAUCAGACAAGAGGUCAAGGCCACACAGAAAGCUGAAAAGGAAGAUAAUAAGAACACAUAUCAACAAUCUGACAGCAGAGAUAAUGAGACAUUGAAGCAAGAGGUCAAAAGGUCAGAGGUUAAGAAGAGCUCCAGUGUGGAGGACAUUGCAGAUGACCUUGUUAACGGUGCCAUGGAUGAAGCUCUUAAAUCAGAGACAUUAUCCUGAGGUAAAUGAAGUGAUAUUAAACCAGACAGGACUUGAUUAAUAUUGACACAACAAAACUCAAAAUGUAAAUGUAGAAAGUUAAACCAUUCUGCUAAAGCAAUUAUUGUGAUUAUGAAUCUGUUUUUUGUAAAAAGUUUGAUAGAUAUAUUGCUUUUUAAUAUAUUGAUUAUUAAUUUAUUAGAUUUUGUUUGAGACAUGUUUGUUGCAGUUUUUGUGAUAUAUGCUUUUAGAUUUUUUAAUUAAACUUUGUUAGUUUAAUUAUAUUUAUUGAAUACGUAUUCAUGUUGAUAACAUUUUUUUGUUUUAAAAAAUAAGCAUAAUACACUUUAUCCACUGAAGUUGAUGUGACUUGCUGUUUUUAUUUAUUCUUAGUUCUCCUUUGUUAUUGAUUUGCUAUUUUUCAUCAUUGUAUGUAUGAUAGAAAUAUUUCUCUCAUAAAUAAUUUAAUACAAACACUCUCAGUGAUACUGCAUAAUUACUGGUUAAUUAUAGAAUUAAAUAGCCUUUUAGCGGGAGUGAAAUAUGACAAGGCCAAACUUCUAGUGCAAUAGAUUUCUUUUCAAUAAUUGUUUUCCAUUAUUUUUUAGAAUAUGUGCAAUAAACUUUGGUUCUGUA